AUGAUGCAGGAUUGAUGGAGGAAGCGGGUGAAUGUGGGAAGGUAGCGGAGAGAAUGCACAGAGGAGUGAUGCGGAUUAUGUUGGUCUAUUUGACUGGGAUUUUUGGUCGUGUGACAGAACGAUGAUCGGACGGGUGACGGGCCUCUAGAUUGUUGAUAUUGGGACUACAGCCCUUUUUGAACAAUCUCUAAUUCAGGCGUUCUCUGUUUUCUUUUAUUAUCGGCCUAUUUGCGCAGUUGUUGAUUUUAUUAUACUGAAUUGGAUUGUUUUGUCGACAACUAUAGACGAUUGGCACAUGGAUAUUUCUAUCGUUUAUCAAAGAUUUUGUAAAUUAUUGUUAUUUUUGUUAUAAGGUGUGGACAAAGUAUAUGGUCGCGGCAGCAAAGCGUUCGAUACGACAGCAUCUGUACACGGACAGAUCUUCAAAUCAAGGGAACUCCGCUUUAUUUUAAUAAAGAUGUCAACAUUGUUGCAUUAUGGCUGCAACUAUCAAUUGUUUUGCAGCAUCAGCGUUUGAUCUUGGUGCUAUAAACAACAACUCUGCAGCAUUUCUAAUGAUGCCAAACCGAAAGGAGACGGUCGAGUGCGCAAAUUAAGUGUCCUAAAAUAUAAAGCCUAAAAUAACAUUUCAAAAUGGAUGCACUUUGUCCUCGCUGGAUGGUAUUUUUAUGGACGAUUGUCGCCCUGUUUGUGGGUGUCAGCUUCGGCACCAACGAGGCUGAAGUUGAAACAAACACCUCUGGUCCACUGACUAUCCACUUCCCACUGCGGCAGGGCCCUCUCUCCGAAACCCAACCCCCGCACGUGGCUCCACAACGCUCCUCCAGGGCUACGCGGAGGAGCAGAGGGGUCAGGGGCAUCAAUUUCGUGGACAUGGUCGACAACCUCCGUGGAAAAUCUGGACAGGGCUACUACGUGGAGAUGGCAGUGGGUUCACCGCCACAGAAGUUGAAUAUUCUGGUGGACACAGGCAGCAGUAACUUUGCAGUCGGGGCAGCUGCUCACCCUUUCCUCUGCAGAUACUACCAUCGCUCACUGUCUAACUCCUACCGCGACCUUGGGCGCAGUGUCUACGUACCCUACACCCAGGGCCGCUGGGAGGGUGAGCUGGGCACUGACCUGGUGUCUGUGCCACACGGCCCCAACGCCUCGCUCCGUGCCAACAUUGCUGCCAUUACCCAGUCGGACCGCUUCUUCAUCAACGGAUCCAACUGGGAGGGCAUUCUGGGCCUGGCCUACGCCGAGAUCGCCCGGCCUGAUGAGAUGCUGGAGCCUUUCUUUGACUCGCUGGUGCGGCAGACCCCCGUGCCUAACCUGUUCUCCCUGCAGAUGUGUGGUGCAGGGUUCACCCAGAACUACAGCCUGGGCAGUGCUACCGUGGGUGGCAGCAUGAUCAUCGGUGGAGUGGAUUCUUCUCUCUACGUUGGAGACCUGUGGUACACCCCGAUCCGCCGGGAGUGGUAUUAUGAGGUCAUCAUUGUGCGCAUUGAGGUCAAUGGUCAGGAUCUCAACAUGGACUGCAAGGAGUACAACUAUGAUAAGAGCAUUGUGGACAGUGGCACCACUAACCUCCGGCUCCCUCGUAAAGUGUUCCAGGCAGCUGUGAAGGCCAUCGAGGCUGCCUCGUCUACAGAGCAGUUUCCCUCUGGGUUCUGGUUGGGGGAGCAGCUGGUGUGCUGGCAGGCUGGCACCACCCCGUGGCACAUCUUCCCUGUCAUCUCGCUCUACCUAAUGAGUGAGAACCGCAACCAGUCCUUCCGCAUCUCCAUUCUCCCACAGCAGUACCUGCGGCCCGUGGAGGACGUGGCCUCGGCCCAGGAGGACUGCUAUAAGUUUGCCGUAUCCCAGUCCAGCACGGGCACCGUCAUGGGCGCCGUCAUCAUGGAGGGCUUCUAUGUGGUGUUCGACCGCCAGAGGAAACGCAUCGGAUUUGCCGUCAGUACCUGCCAUGUGCACGAUGAGUUCCGUACGGCCUCCGUCGAGGGGCCUUUCCACGGCGUGGAUCUGGAGGACUGCGGCUACAACAUCCCACAGACGGACGAGUCCACCCUGAUGACCAUUGCCUACAUCAUGGCAGGCAUCUGUGCCCUCUUCAUGCUGCCACUGUGCCUCAUGCUGUGCCAGUGGCGCUUCUCCCGCUGUCUCCGCCCAUCUGGAGCUGGGGACUUCGCUGAUAAUAUCUCACUCCUCAAAUGAUAGAAAGGCAUGGAAAUACAGUACACAGGAGAGGCAAGCCUACCAGGAAUGGAGAUGGAAGCUUUUCUAAUGGUUAUUGAGGACGCAUCAGCCUCAUUGAGUAAUGCAGAAACAGAUUAACAUGUAGGAUGGUGUUGGUUGUGGCUUGGGAGGGUAGCACAAUGACCAAACAAGCCAAUGGCCACUUACUUUGGAUUCAUCAAAGGUGGAUAUACCAGCAAGCUGGGUUAAAUGGCUUCCUGGACUCAGUGGACAACUUUAUUGAUAGAAGAACAUGAUAUAAAUAUACAGUAUUUAUAGAUGUGUGUGAGUGUUCGUGAUUGUAUGAGGUGUGUGUAUAUGUAUGUAUGUAUGUAUGUAUGUAUGAACAGCACCAGUCAAAAGUUUGGACACACCUACACAUUCAAGGGUUUUUCUUUAUUUUUACUAUUUUCUACAUUGUAGAAUAAUAGUGAAGACAUCAAAAGAAUGAAAUAACACAUGGAAUCAUGUUUUAACCAAAAAAGUGUUAAACAAAUCAAAAUAUAUUUUAAAUUCUUCAAAGUAGCCACACUUUGCCUUCAUUAAAGCUUUGCACACUCUUGGCAUUCUCUAAACCAGUUUCACCUGGAACAAUUUUCCAACAGUCUUGAAGGAGUUCCCACAUUUGCUGAGCACUUGUUGGCUGCUUUUCCUUUACUCUGUAGUUCAACUCAUCCCAAACCAUCUCAAUUGGGAUGAGGUCAGGUGAUUGUGGAGGCCAGCUCAUCUGAUGCAGCACUCCAUCGCUCUCCUUCUUGGUCAAAUAGCCCUUACUCAGCCUGGAGGUGUGUUGGGUCAUUGUCCUGUUGAAAAACAAAUGAUAGUCCCACUAAACGCAAACCAGAUGGGAUGGCAUAUCACUGCAGAAUGUUGUGGUAGCCAUGCUGGUUAAGUGUGACUUGAAUUCUAAAUAAAUCUCAGACAGUGUCACCAACAAAGCACCCCCACACCAUCAGACCUCCUCCUCCAUGCUUCACGGUGUGAACCACACUUAAAGAGAUCAUCCGUUCACCUACUCUGUCUCACAAAGACAUGCCUGCUGGAACCAAAAAUCUCAGAUUUGCACUCAUCAGACCAAAGGACAGAUUUCCACCGGUCUACUGUCCAUUGCUUGUGUUUUUUGACCCAAGCAAGUCUCUUCUUAUUAUUUAUGUCCUUUAGUAGUGGUUUCUUUGUAGCAAUUAGAUCAUGAAGGCCUGAUUCACGCAGUCUCCUCUGAACAGUUGACGUUGAGAUGUGUCUGCUACUUGAACUCUGUGAAGCAUUUAUUUGGGCUGCAAUUUCUGAGGCUGGUAACUCUAAUGAACUUAUCCUUUGCAGCAGAAGUUACUCUGGGUCUUCCUUUCCUGUGGUGGCCCUCAUGAGAGCCAGUUUCAUCAUAGCGUUUGAUAGUUUUUGCGACUGCACUUGAAGAAACUUUAAAAGUUCUUGACAUUUUCCAGAUUGACUGACCAUCAUGUCUUAAAGUAAUGAUGGACUGUCAUUUCUCUUUGCUUAUUUGAGCUGUUCUUGUCAUUAUAUGGACUUGGUCUUGUACCAAAUAGGGAUAUCUUCUGUAUACCACCCCUACAUUGUUACAACACAACUGAUUGGCUCAAACGCAUUAAGGGAAUAAAUUCCACAAACCUUUAACAAGGCACACCUGUUAAUUGAAAUGCAUUCCAGGUGACUACCUGAGCAUGCCAAGAGUGUGCAAAGCUGUCAAGGCAAAGGGUGGCUACUUUAAGAGUCUCAAAUAUAAAAUAUAUUUUGAUUUAACACUUUUUUGUUACUACAUGUGUUAUUUCAUAGUUUUGAUGUCUUCACUAUUGUACAAUAUAGAAAAUAGUAACAAUUCUGAAAAACCCUUGAAUCAGGUGUGUCCAAACUUGGCGGGUACUGUGUGUUUAUUGAUCACAUAUACACGAGGUGAUCUAGAAUUUAAGGAUGGACCUGAUUGAAUAUAUUUGAUUUUACAUCAACAGUACCAGCUAAGCAAUGCUAAUCAUAAGUGCUAAUUGGGUGAACUUUUCAAGAGUGUAAAAUUAGCACUCAAAUAUCAGAUGCAGUGAAAUUUAUGGUGAAGCCAUGUUACUUGGUGUACAUUAAAAAGCUUAGAUAUAUGUAUUUAAUACAGUUAAUAUCAGAUAUGACACUUUUAUAAGUUGGUACCUCACUGCUUGUGAAUGUACUAAUUCACACAGAAAGAGACACACACAAUCAUUCUCCCACACAUACAGAGGUCUUCAAAACCUCCAAACAGCUUGAUCUCAGCCAACCCUUUAACAGCUCACAUACAAAAACUCACCGGCACAGCCCCGGACAGUAACACACGUUCAUGUGCCCCAGUCAACUGCACUAUCCCCAUGGUGUGCUUGAAUAUAAAUUGUUGUGUGAUGAUUUUAUGUUAAUGAAACACAAUUUCGCAAUUACAGACAGAUCUUCUUUCAUAGACCUGCUGUAAAUAAAUAGACGCACCUGACAUAGCACUGACUACCAAUAAAUAAAGUAACAAAUAUAA